CGACCUCGACGCAUUGCACGGUGUGCUCGCUGCCCAGACAGGAUCCCCAAGCCGUUGACGCCGUUUCUGUCCUUGGCUCGUGGGGACAAGACUCGGUGUCGGACUUUCAGGUGCAAAGACUCGCUUGGCACACCCGGAAAUCCUCAGCACCAUGGCCAAGCCCACGUCUGUCGCGUCCACAGAUGGUGUUGGCUGCUCAUCGUCUGUCCCAUCCAGCUCCACACAUCCAACAACGACAACACCAAAGCCUCGACGUCGCCGGAAGUCCACGGGCUCAAAAUCCCAACUCCUGGCCCCAUCGUCGACACUCUUAUCGCUCCUCGCCACCGUCGCAUCGGCCACGGUUGUUGAAGGAAGCCCAGCACCUCCCACAUUUCUCUGUCCAUCCAUCGAAUCGACCCCCUUACCCACUGCAACGAAACAGCGACGAUCCGUACCCUCCGGCGCUGUCAAAAAUCGCUUCACACAUUCCCGCGCUGUCCUCCCCAAUAUCGCUCACAAGUUCGAACAGGGGGAGGACGGCGUCUGGAGAAAAGUCGAAUACGAGCUAUAUGGUGUUUGCCCAAAUUGUUCGCCAGUACUCGACGGUCAAAUAUCCCGGAACGUCACCAUGCCCAAUACCAAUAUCACCAAGCACGACCCACCAGAUAAUCUACCACCAGGAUGGCAACCCAUGGACCGACACCCGUCAGGUCACACCACCCUAAUAUUAGCCAUGUCACUGGUACUGGCAUUCUUUAUCUGCUUCUUCAUCAUAGGCUGUCUAUUUUGGAGGAAGAGCAUGCGUCGGAAGUAUAAGGAGAAGGAUCUGGAGAAGAGAACUCGGGGAAGGAGGAGAAGAAGGGUUGAAGCAGCAGACGAGAGUCUUCGAGCAGAGGAAGCACGGGAAAUUCAGGUUGAAAGGGAGAACAAGGCGAAACAGAAACUUUGGGCAAGGGCGACAGCACGGUGGAGGGCCAAUGCACGACAUUCUGCACGUUUACGAAGAGGCAAGCGGGUAUCGUCGUCCUUACGUGGUCGGCAGUCGACUGCAUCGUUCGACGACGACGAUUCGAGGUAUUACACCACCACCACCUCGGACGAAUCCACGCCGUCACAUACUCCAUCCCAUUCCAGAUCGCCAUCCAGGUCCUCGACGCCCUCUUUCCACCAAAAGUCUGAAGGUUCCAACUCCGCCCCUUCUUCACCUAUCGACAGCGCUCCCACCAUUCCUACAAUAGAACUAUCGGCGCCAGAUCCCUCAGCAUCCCCUCCAGCAUAUCAACAGAAAUCCGAUUCAUCUCAGCAGGGCUCGUCGAGCGGACUUCAUACCCACAGCUGUUCAGCCUCGACGUCAUCGCCAUGGCAGUCAAGACGUCCUUCAGGUUCCUCUCUCGUUCCGCCUUCGCCCAAUGGCGAUGAUGCUGGAGAAUCGCAGUCACCGGCUCUUACAACGGCACAUGUGGCCACGGACGAUAAGGCAGUCCUAGCCCGCCUUGCGGAGUUGGCUAGUGCUCCGCCUUCAACCUCCGACGAAUCCGCACCGGAGCCCCAGGUGUCAGUUCCAGAAUGGCGAGACGAGGAAUUGGAAGACUUCGUUUCGGACGACCAAGACAGCCGAGCAGUUACAUCGCCAACCUCUCCGUUCCCUCCCCCACCACCAAAGGCGCAACUUAUGGAACCGAACUUCUACGACUAUCCUUAUUCGUUCGAGGAGAUGACGAGCAUGGAACCCGAGUAUGGGCCGUCUGCCCCGCCCUUCGAAGCCACUUCGAGUGCACCGAUGGUCGAUGAAAACAUGCUUCUGCCAUCAGCACCACCAUUGAUCGACGACGAUGACUUCUACGUUUCUGAUUCGAUACCCAGUGCGCCACCAGCAGAGGAUAUGCCGGCAUUGUCGAUCGUUGGUGAGGGGCAGGAGGACGAACAGCCCUCGCCGCAAGCAUCUACAUCCAGGGAUAGCGAAAGUAGCUCAAACGACUCGUCAGCUACUGAAUCUAUUCUGCAAGUGUCUGCGGAGGAUCCAUCUCGAGGUGUUUUGCCGGUCUAUCGCCCAUAA